AUGGAGCAGGUGUUUCAGCAGCAGCAGAGCAAAUAGAGUGAAAGGAAAUCAGGAUAAACUAAUGAAAUUUAUACUUAAUAAAAGUCAAACUUCAAUUUAAGUUAAGAGAUUAAUUCAGUAGAAAAUAUUAACAAUUAGUAUGAAAUAAUAAUUAACUAAAAUUAAGAUAGAUGUAUUUCAUAGCCUUUUGGCGAGUGGCCAAUCUCUGCAAACAAAAUUAUCUCUUCUUCUUCUUCCUUUCAUAUGACAAACAAAAUUGUCAAGUAGCAUCAUAACCAGCUCCCUCUUUUGUCCUGCUGCCGCCACACCAAUAACUCCAAAUUAAGAUAGUGUUUACCAAACACUGAGUGCUUUGAAGAGAACACAACUCAUCACAACUCCUCACAAUCUUCUCUCAACACUUCUUCAGUUAGCUGCUCCUCUAAUUAAAAUAUCUUUGAGAGUAUUUACUUCUCAAGGCCACCUGCACCUUCUUCUUCAUCAAGUACCCAAAGAAAGUAAAAAUAACUUAUGAUGAAACCAAAAAUUUUGUAUGAAGAAUAAGAUGAAGACAUUGACGAAGUUCAUACGAACAAUGAAGUAGAAAAUAAUUCAGAUAAUUAAUUAGAUAUAAAGGACUAAUAAAUGAUUCAUGAUUUCACAUCAAAAGAAAGUAGCUUUGAUGAAGAGCAGGAGGAAGAAAGAGAUAAUGACGAUGAAGAUAAUGACGACAAUGAUAUGGACUCUGAAAAUGAAUUUGAUGAAAAUUAAGAAAAACAACAAAGAGGGAGUGACCAAGAAGAAGGUAAUAUAGAUGAAGAUUUAAAAUAAUCUUUUGAGGAUAUUAAUUCAUAUAUGUAUUCAUUAACAAAUGAAAUAAGAUAAAAUUCUCACAAUGCUAAAUUAAUAGCUAAGGGUUCAUAAAGCCACAUUUAUUCUUUAGCAGUUGAUAUACCUUCAAACAGUCACUGCGAGUUUUAGCCUGAAAUAAAAAAUGUUGUUUUAAAGACUUAUUUUCACUAAAAUAAUGUUGAACAAUGCAAUUAAGAGUGCGAUAAACUUGGAAAGGAGUUUUAUAUCCUUCAAAAGUUUAGUGGUCAUCCUUACAUUAUUUAAGCUUACUCAUUAGAACAUGAUUUAAAUCUCCCUAAAGUUAAUGCAAAAAGGAUAAAUUAAAAUUAAUAUUCAGAUAACCCUUACAAUUGCAGUUUAGUGAUGGAAUAAGCUACAUGUGAUUUAAUUACUUAUUUUACAUAAGAUGUUUACAAGACUCAUCCCCACCAUUAUUACAAGUUUCUCCAAAAUAAGCAUCAAUACUCAAUCUUAUGCUCAAACGACUUUUCUACUUAAGUCAAAAAUUCCUUUUAUAACUGCUUUCCUGGCAUAUUUUAUGAUAUUUUAACUGGCCUUGAUGUAAUUCAUUCUUCAAAAUUAGCUCACAAUGAUAUUAAACCAGACAAUAUGCUGUUUUUCUCAAGCUCCUCAAGCGCAAAAUUAUGUGACUUUGAGCGUUGUAACAGCUAAAGUUUUGAUUUGAAACGUACUGACUUUGUUUACUAAUCUCCUGAAAUAGUAUAAAUAUAUAAGGAAUAUAAAAGGACAAAUGAAAUAAAUACAAAACUCUUCCACUUAGAUUUAUUGAAAAACGAUAUUUUCUCAUUUGGAGUUACUCUUUUUUCUACUAUGUUUGGAUUUUAUCCCUUUGCAGAUUAGUUUGAAAAAAACAAUCAGGACGAGCUUUACUCUCUCCUCAUUUCUGCAGAUAGAGAUUAAUUUUGGCAAGAAAAAGAAAUUUCAAGUAUUUGCUAAACAAUCGAACACAACACAAACUUUUCCUACCUCUACAAUUUCAAAAAGUUCAUAGAAGAUACUUUGGAAGAAAAUCCAAGUAAUAGGAUUGACACAUCCUCAUUAAUGAACCAUGAUUUUUUUGAAGAACAAAGACAUUAUAGGACAGAAAAAGAUCUCUAUGACUAAGCAGCUAGAUAAUACCAUUAAAACACUAAUAAUUCAUCUAAAGCUCCAGCAAGUCAAAAAAAUAAAAUUAAUCCAAGUGUUUAAAUGGAUAAAUCUUUAUACUCUGCCAACAAGAUUAACGAUUAAGAAGAGUAUUAGACUAUUCAGACGAAUUGCAUACAGCCGAUUUACUAUCUGACUCCUUAAACAAAAGCUAAUUCUAUAAUUAGUAGGUCUCGUCAAGUUUCAAUAGAUUGCGAAUUUACCUUAAAAAGAAGUUGUAGUGUAGGUGACAAGCAAAGAGAAUUUUUCUUUUCGCCUUCAGGUCCGUUUUCAAAUGAAUAAAUAAUGCUUUCUAAAGAAUUGGAAAAAGAAACACAGCUAAUUAAAGCCCAAUAAGCAAAAUUUGUUAAAAAUAACAAGACAUAAAUAACAGAAAAAAAUUAAAUUUCCAAAUAAAGCGAUGACUAUUUUGAAGAUGAAAUAGAUGAAAGUGAUUAUGAUGAUGAUGAACUUCAUAUUUGA